UUCCUUCUUUAACAGAAGCAAUAUCCCAAGUACGUGGAGAAGAAAGUCGCAGGGGUAUUAUGUUAGAGCUACCUUCAAUAGAAAAUUCAGCCCUUUUAAGUUCCAAAUCUCAGCGGUUGGUACUGAACAAGGUUGCUGCGGACAAGACCAAUCAAACAAGUGGGCAAAAGAAUCGCGAGGAGUUGUGGUGCACAUACUGCAAGAAACCACGACACACCAUAGAUCAAUGCUGGAAACUACAUGGGAAACCACCCACUCGUGAAUGGGGACAAAAAGGUGGCCAGCAAAGGCAGGCUCAUAUGUCGGUUCAAGAUCCAACUCAAGUGAUUGGAGGGUUUAGUAUGGAGGAAAUUGAGAAGCUUAAAAGUAUGUUAGAGACAGUUGACAAACCAGCAACUAACAAUUCUCAAUCAAGGAAUCCGGGUAUGUGUUCAUUGACACUUUCAGGACCGGGGCUCGGGGAAGAGGAUUGGACUAGCUAAGGAGCAUGAUGGACUCUAUUACUUGGAUACAUCAAGUCAACCAGAAUUUAGUAAAUCUGCCCUGUCCACAUUGUCUUCACCCUCCAAUAAAGAUGUCAUCUGGUUACAUCAUAGACGUCUAGGUCAUGUGUCUUUUUCUGCAUUAAAAAUAAUGUUUCCUUCCUUGUUCAAGGGAUUUGAUGUUCAGUCUUUUCAUUGUGAUAUUUGCGAGUAUGCUAAACACACUCGUGUCCCAUUUCCUAUCAGUAAUAAACGAUCGUCUUCUCCUUUCUUUUUAA